AUGAGUGAGAACUUGUAAUUUCCUGAAUGACAACACAUACUGUCAAAAGAGAAUCACAAGACGGAGAGAUGUGUCUGUCCUUAAAACUGUGUCUCGGCAUGCUUUUACAGACUAUACUUGGACUCCAGUCAUCUGUGAAAGAUGGGUUUCGUAACCAAUUAGAACUAUCAGGCAAGGUGAAAGCAGAUGGUCCAAACUCAGGAAGAUCCAGUCGACUGAAAGUGGGACAUGACUGCUCUCUACAUAUUCAACCUCUUGAAAUAGAUGAUGGAAGAGUUUACACCUGUGGAGAUGGGGCUACCAGUUCAAGUGUUUCUCUUCAGCUUCUCAACAUUACUCUGGCAACAGACACCAAUACAGCACCAGAGAAGGAUGUCAAGCUCCAAUGUUACCUGAAUAUAUUCUCAGGCCUUGUCCCACAAUGCAACCAUAGUGAAAUAAAGCUGAAUUGGCUGAAUGAGGCCAAUACAGUGCUGCAGGGAGAGAGAUUUCAAACCGAACGUUCAUCUGCUUGCUUCUCUACGCUGACCAUCCGAGGUGUCAGGAAGACAGACCAUCACAGGAAGUGGCGGUGUCAACUGAUUGAAGGAGAGGUUGUGAAGACGUCCCUCAGCUAUAUCACAGAAAUUACAGGAGGUAUAGAGGAAGUGUUUGUCGCAGUGGGUGAGUCAGUAUCACUUCCCUGUGCCACCCACUCCUCCCUCGAGGUGGGCAGCAGAUUCCAGUGGACUCUGGGUCAAAGGUCACUGUCUCGGUCAGGCGAUGUCUCAGCUGGAACUCAGGGUCACCUUCCUGCAGCUCACAUCAGCCAAGACGGGUCUUUGGUCAUCAGCAAUGUGAAAACACUGCAUUCUGGGCUCUACAACUGCUCGCAACAGAACAGAAUCCUACUACACACUCUGGAUGUAUCUGCAGAGUAUGCUACCACAGACGGAAACAAUCUCACCCUGACCUGCUCACUCACCUGUGUGGAAGAUUGUGGAGACUUCAAUUUAUCCUGGAUUCACAGUGGCCAGGAUGGGUUGCAGAGUGGCCCUAAGGACAUAACACCACCCUGAUCUCCAAACUCUUCCUCCCUGACCGCCAGGGCACAGAGAAGAUAGCCUGCGCCGUGCUCAGAGAGGGGGUUGUAAUGGCUGUAAAGGAGUGGACCAUCCAGAGAGGUCGUGUUCUACCUGCAGUGGGAUGGUCAGUCCUUCUGCUACUGCUGCUCUGUGCUGUUGGAGGGGGCGUGUAUUGGAAGAGGCAGGGCAAGGGAAGUGCCGCUCAAGGAGAAGAACAGCAGACACCUGUUGCAAUGACUCAUCUCUAUGACGAGAUUCAAGAUCAACCAAUUCAACCUUCCGGAGUAACCAACAACAGUUUCUAUAAUCUUCUGCAGGCUGGGAACUGAGUGUAAUGUCAUGUUCUCUAUCUUUAGGCUAUUAGUUGAGUUUUAAAUCUAAUUUGACUACUUUGUACUUUGCAUUGUUUUGUGGUUUGGAUUUCCCUUGAUAUUUUGGAACAUUAUAAGUGUCACCAUGACAUCAAGUCUAUGCAAGUUGUUUUUUAUGGUGGAAAUAAAUUCAUAAAAAGAAAAUAACCUCUAUAGAAUAUCACCAGUUACCACAGUUAAAAACCCCGGCGUAAGUUGGUUACAGGAACACAUUCAGUAUGACUCCUCAGUGUGGGGGGUUGAUGGCUAAGUCACCCCACCUCCUGUCUUGAACAUCACUCUGCUGACUUUCACAUCCCACAUGAAACCUGGUAGCUUCUCUUCAGCAGUGUAAAACUCUGUAGAUGUAUGGGACUGUGACAAGACACAUAACACAUGAGAGUGAACAGAUAAGUGUGUUUAUUUAAUGCAGGAUGGCAGUGUGGGAGCAUUAGCAAUACAAGUAAAAACCCCAGAACAGCAUGUCUCUGUCUGGAACAGCUCCCAACUACACAUCAUUUGGUGUAGAAAAGCGUCAGCAAAAGUUGGUCCACCAUGGGGUGACAAAUAAAGGAAUACGUCCAAUCAAAUCAAGCUAAAUACAAUUGGUCACCUCAUCCAUUUGAUUAUUUCACAACUAAGUUGUUAUUGUGUAAUACUAUGUAGGCUAUACCAGGGGUUGAAAGAUAAGAUUGUUAUUGUGUAAUACUAUGUAGGCUAUACCAGGGGUUGAAAUAAUGUUAUUGUGUAAUACUAUGUAGGCUAUACCAGGGGUUGAAAGAUAAGAUUGUUAUUGUGUAAUACUAUGUAGGCUAUACCAGGGGUUGAAAGAUAAGAUUGUUAUUGUGUAAUACUAUGUAGGCUAUACCAGGGGUUGAAAGAUAAGAUUGUUAUUGUGUAAUAC